CAGAUAUAUUCGAGCUGCGUUGCUAAGAGGUGGCAAAUAUAAAUAAAAUUCUGCUGUCUUAUCUCUAAAGUGAUUUUAAUUUGAUUAUCCAGAUUAGCUAUAAAACAAACAUAAAUUUACAGAAUUAAAGCGCUUUAUCUCCUCAUAUGGCGAGUUUUUAAUACGUAAAGGAAGGCGUACGAUAGAUAGUUUAUACAUAACUUUGACCAGCUGCCCAGUUUUUUGCCCAAUUUAGAAACAACUCUGAAAAUUGUAAAGUCAAUAUGGCACCAGGCGUCCCAACUACGCUGCAAGGCAAUCCCAAUGAGCAACUCGACAUACCCAAGUGGAUAAAUGAAGAUUAUUUCUUAGCCGUCCUUGGAAAAGAUAUCCCAAACUUUAGGAAAAUAAUUAGCUUCAAGGCGAUCGCCGCCACUGCGCCCGGAGAAAACUACUGCUCAAUCAUGGUGCGCGUUGCCAUUGUGGCAGAAUUGACAAAUUCUUCAACCACGCAGAAAACUUAUAUUUUGAAAACUAUGUUGGAUGCUGAAAAUUCCGGAUCGGCCAUCACUAAGAACAUGAAUAUGUUUCCGAGGGAGGAGCAGACGUACACGGUUUUUCUGCCAAAAUUUAUGCAACUUUACCAGGCAGCCGGACUGAAAGUGCACUUCGGGCCCAGCUGCAUACACACCGAACAGACCACGGAGCGUAUGACUUUGGUAAUGGAAGACCUGAAAGUGAGUAACUAUGCAAACAGCGAUCGGCAGAAAGGUCUUGACAUGCCGCACAUGACAAGUGUGCUGCAAAAGCUAGCAAAAAUGCAUGCAGCCUCGGCGCGCAAUUUCGAAUUGAAUGGCGCGUACGGCGAGUUAUAUCAAAAUACUUUUUUCACUGAGGCAAAUCGUGCAAUAUACAUACGAUUACGCACGGCUAGAGAUCCUCUGGUAAAGGAGGCAAUGCGUGAGUGGCCGCUCGACGGUGCCGAAGAUUACAUUAAAAACUUUCCAAGCGGUGAACAAUUAUUUGAAGAGGGCUUGCGCCUGAACGCAAUCGAUCCCAAUGAAUUCAAUGUGCUGAACCAUGGUGAUCUUUGGACUAAUAAUAUUAUGUUUAAACACGAUGCGCAGGGAGCGAUUGAUGAUGUGCUGUUUGUUGAUUUCCAAUCGGGGAAAUGGGGUACACCUGCGAUCGAUCUUUGGUUCCUGAUUAUCACGUCAGCAGCCGUGGAUAUCAAAAUCAAAGAAUUCGAUCGGUUUAUUUAUAUUUACCACAAGCAAUUAAACCAGAGCUUGCGUGUACUAAACUACACAAAACCGUUGCCCACACUGAAAUACUUGCAGAUGCAAAUGUUGAAAUACGGAUUCUGGGGUUUUGGCACAGCCAAUAGUGUUUUGAGCGGCAUUCUGUUGCCAGUGGAUAAAGACGCCAGCAUCGAAAACUUUAUGAAGCCCGGACCCAAGGGUGAUGCUCUCCGCUCGAAAGCGAUAACAAAUAAAUUUUACUCAAACGCCAUGUGCGUGAUUUUACCAUUCUUGCGCCACAAGGGUCUGCUCGACUUUCAAGGAGAAUGAAUGCUCAUCACAGCGUUUAUGCAGUUCCGGGAUGUUAUUUUGAGCAAUAAAUACUUUAAGUGACUACCUAAAAGGACUAUUUGUUUAAAUGUGGAACGACAUGGACGAUAACGAAAAUAAAUUUAAGGGGCUAGCGGUAGUCAGAGGCCCGAAAAAAUGA